AUGAAUUACAAUAAAAUUAAAAAAAACAAAAUCAUCAAUUUUUUGUUAACGUGUACAUCCCCAUAUAAAUUCUUUCAACUUCUGUUCAGUCAUCUCAUAAUGGCUGAAGCUGCAUUCAAGGCAAUCGAUACCAACAACGACGGCAAACUCCAAUACGAAGAGGUCAAAGCUGCUAUUGCUGCUAAGAAGGAAAUCAAGAACGAGAAACUCGUUCAAUUGAUCUUCAAGGCUGUUGACGUUGACAACGACGGAACAAUCGACCUUCCCGAGUUCACCAAGUUCCAUCAAGCUAUUGCUGGCGUUGAUAUGGCUGAUGCCAAAGUCGGUCUUAAAGUUCUUUACAAGUUGAUGGACGCCGAUGGAGAUGGAAAGUUGACUAAGGAUGAAGUCACUGCUUUCUUCAAGAAGGUUGGAUGUGAACAAGCUGUUGAACAAGUAAUGAAAGCUGAUGCCAACGGUGACGGAUACAUUACAAUGGAAGAGUUCUGUGCUUUCUCACUUUAA